AUGGCAUCCACUUCGUCCAACCACCAACGUCUCCUCUCCAUGACAAAACUCAUAACUUCCCACGUAAACCAAUCCCGCCACAAACAAGCUCUCUCAAUCUUCCACCACCUCCACACCACCUUACCCAUCUCCCUCGACCCACACGUCUUCACCCUCGUCCUCAAAUCCUGCACCACCCUCCACCUCCCCCUCCUCGCCACCUCCAUCCACUCCCACCUCAUCAAAACCUCCUUCCUCACCUCCAACCACUUCCUCUCCUCCUCCCUCGUCAACUUCUACGGCCACUGCAUCUCCCUCAACUCCGCACGUAAACUGUUCGACGAAACUCCUCAACCAAAUGUUGUCGUUUGGAACUCCAUCAUUGCACUCUAUUCCCGUUCACAACACAUUACGUCUGCUAUUUAUCUCUUCAACCUCAUGAAUGUACCUCCGAAUGAAUCCACUUUCAACCCCAUUAUCGCCGCCUUAUCAUCAUCCAAUCAAAACAAUGCUUCGUUUCAAGCAGUAAAGUUCUACCGGAAAAUGAUUGAGUUGAAACUAAAGCCGAGUUUGAUCACGCUACUCGCCCUUCUCCGCGCGUCUGUUUUGACUGCGGCUUUGAAUUUGAUUAAAGAGAUUCAUGGUUAUGGGAUAAGGAACCAUAUUGAUUUGGAUCCUCAGUUGAGUAGUGGGUUGAUUGAAGCUUACGGUAGAUGUGGUUGUUUAACGAAUUCACGUAUAGUUUUUAUGAAUAUGAGGGAAUGUGAUAAAGAUGUAGUUGUUUGGAGUAGUUUAAUAUCUGCUUGUGCUUUACAUGGUGAAGCUAGGGAAGCCUUGGAGAUUUUUCAAGAAAUGGAAGUUUCGGGUGUGAAGCCGGAUGGGAUUACUUUUCUUGGUGUUUUGAAAGGUUGUAGUCAUGCUGGGUUGGAUGACGAGGCGUUGGGUUGUUUUAUGAGGAUGCAUAGGGAUUAUGGGGUUGAGCCGAAUAGCGAGCAUUAUUCUUGUUUGGUUGAUGUUUUGAGUAGGGCUGGGAGAUUGUAUGAAGCUUAUGAGGUUAUUAAAGGGAUGCCGGUGAAGGUGACUGCUAAGGCAUGGGGUGCUCUCCUUGGUGCUUGUAGGAAUUAUGGAGAGUUGGGGUUGGCUGAGAUUGCGGCCAGAGCUUUGGCUGAGAUUGAGCCGGAUAAUGCUGCGAAUUAUGUGCUGUUGGCUAAGAUUUAUGCUAGUGUUGGGAGACAGGAGGAGGCUGAUAGAAUGAUUAGGGAAAUGAAAGAGAAGGGAGUGAAGACUACGGGUGGUAGUAGCUGGGUUGUGUAUUCCGAGUCUUGA